UGCAUGAAAUAAAAGGCCCUCAUCGCAUCCCUGCGCAAGUUAGGGUUCUUCAGCCGAAUAGUCAUUAGCUUGCGCUGUUCACCUCUUUUCUGCUUCUUCCGCCAUUAAUAUAUCUUCAAAGACUACACAAAUGCGAAUAAUGGGUUGGUUUGUGUGAUUCUGAUUUUUAUACAGCAGAUAUUUUCUGAGCGAGAGAAAGUAUGGAGUUUAUUGAAAACGAAAGGGUCUUAUAUUUGACCCCGAGUUUGAUACGGGGAAAAGAAGCAAUGUCUGAGGAGGCUAGUCAGCUGAUAGUCGCUUAUGAUGAUCCUUCAGAGCAGAGAUCCUUGUCAUUGGAUGAUACAAGCAGCACUGAGGAAUCACCGGGAGAAACCAAGUUACCAGAAUAUCCCAAUGAUGCAAUCCCCUACAUUGGCCAAAGAUUUGUAACCCAUGAUGCUGCAUAUAAGUUCUACAGUGAGUUUGCAAAGCAUUGUGGUUUCUCGAUCCGGCGCCAUCGGACGGAAGGAAAAGAUGGUGUUGGUAAGGGACUCACAAGACGGUACUUUGUCUGCCACCGUGCUGGCAACACCCCCGUGAAGGCUUCAAAUGAGAGUAAACCUCAAAGAAACCGUAAAUCAUCAAGAUGUGGGUGCCAAGCAUACUUGCGGAUCAGCAAGACCAUGGACUUGGGGGCCCCUGAAUGGCGUGUCACGGGCUUUGCAAAUCACCACAAUCAUGAGCUCUUGGAGCCAAACCAAGUCCGUUUCUUGCCUGCAUACCGUACUAUAUCAGACGAUGACAAGAACCGCUUAUAUAUGUUUGCUCAAACUGGCAUCUCUGUGCAGCAAAUGAUGAGGCUUAUGGAGCUUGAGAAGUGUGUGGAGCCUGGAUACUUGCCCUUCACUGAGAAGGAUGUGAGGAACCUACUUCAGUCAUUUAGAAAGGUGGAUCAGGAAGAUGAAAGCAUUGACCUUUUAAGAAUGUGCAAAAACAUCAAAGACAAGGACCCCAACUUCAGAUAUGAAUAUACCAUUGAUGCAAACAACAGGUUAGAGAACAUUGCUUGGUCCUAUGCUUCUUCAAUCCAGUCAUAUGAUAUCUUUGGUGAUGCCGUGGUGUUCGAUACAACGCAUCGCUUGACUGCCUUUGAUAUGCCGCUUGGGAUCUGGGUUGGCAUGAAUAAUUACGGCAUGCCUUGCUUCUUCGGCUGCGUGCUCUUGCGAGAGGAAAACAUGCGGUCCUUCUCAUGGGCAUUGAAGGCAUUUUUAGGGUUUAUGAAUGGGAAGGCUCCACAAACGAUCCUGACUGACCAAAACAUGUGUCUUAAAGAAGUGAUAGCAAUUGAAAUGCCAAGUACUAAACAUGCACUUUGCAUUUGGCUUAUCAUGGCAAAGUUUCCUUCUUGGUUCAAUGCUGUUCUUGGAGAAAGAUACAAUGAGUGGAAGAAUGAGUUCUAUCAGCUUUACAAUAUGGAGACAAUAGAGGAGUUUGAACUGGGGUGGAGAGACAUGGUCAAUUCCUUUGGGUUACAUACAAACAGGCACAUUUCUAGUUUGUUUGCUUUACGGACACUUUGGGCACUACCCUACUUAAGAAACCAUUUCUUUGCGGGAAUGACUGCAUCCAACCAGUCAAAGUCUAUCAAUGCCUUUAUUCAACGAUUUUUGAGUGCACAAACUCGGCUGGCACACUUUGUGGAACAAGUGGCCGUUGCUGUUGACUUCAAAGAUCAAGCAGGUGAACAACAAACAAUGCAGCAGAAUCUUCAGAACAUUUGCCUGAAAACAGGAGCACCCAUGGAAUCACAUGCAGCUACUGUACUUACACCAUACGCUUUUUGUAAGCUCCAGGAACAACUUGUCUUGGCUGCACACUAUGCUUCCUUUCAAAUGGAUGAUGGUUGUUUCCUUGUGAGGCACCACACAAAGUUGGAGGGAGGCCGCAAAGUAAUUUGGGUUCCACGAGAAGGCAUCAUAACAUGUAGCUGCCAUCAGUUUGAAUUCUCGGGGAUCCUGUGCCGGCAUGCCCUUCGGGUCCUCUCGACAGGGAACUGUUUCCACAUCCCUGAGCAGUAUUUACCCCUUCGCUGGAGUCGAAUCAAUACAUCACCAACAAAACUCCUCCACAGUACUCCAAAUGAUCAUGCAGAACGCAUUCAGGCCUUACAGUCUAUGGUAUCAACUCUCAUCACGGAAUCUGCUAAGACAAAGGAACGGUUGGAUCUUGCAACUGACCAAGUUUCCAUUCUUCUCUCUCGCAUAAGGGAGCAGCCAGCUUCGAUGCAAGGUACAAGAGAUACCAUUCACAAAACUCAUUAAUUCGUUCUUCCGAUCAUGGAAGACACUGAAUUGAUGCUUUAUACCAGAUGAAGAGUAUUUUAUUCUUUGCAAUACCAUAGGGAAGCCUGUAAAGAAAUGUGUCAACGGUGGUCAUCCGUUUGUUUCAUUUGAAAGAUAUAGAUGGGAUGGAAAGGGAAGUUAAGUUUGAUGUGGGUUGUAAAUGGUAGUAGUUAGGGAGGGAGCCAGUCAUGGAUCACCCAGUAAUUGUUGGAUCACAUUUUUGUAUCCAUUUUACAUGCAAUCAUAGUUCACAUUCAACUAA